AUGCAAGAGUGGUGUACAAUAGAGUCUGACCCUGGAGUAUUCACUGAGCUCAUAAAUGCAAUUGGAGUUUAAGGGGUUUAAGUUGAAGAGAUUUAUGAUCUAAAUGAUGAAUAAUAGAUAGCCUAAAUGCAACCCAUUUAUGGAUUCAUAUUCUUAUUCAGAUGGACAAGCAAAGGUGAAAAAAGAGAGUGUCUUAAAAUUUAUGACCAAGAUCUCUUCUUUGCUAAUUAAGUCAUCUAAAACGCAUGUGCAACUUAAGCCAUCAUCUCCAUUUUACUCAAUUCCCCUUAAAUUGAAAUUGGAGAAGCGCUUAAAAAUUAUAAAGUAAUAUAUUAUUAAAGAAUUCAGGAAUUUACUAUUGCUCUGGAUCCUAAGGAAAGGGGAAAUUGUUUAGGAGGUGUUGAAGUGAUUAAAACAGCUCACAAUAGCUUUGCUAGACCUGAACCAUUCAUUUUCUCAAAUGAAAAAAAGAAGGCCAAAGUAAAUUUUCGAAUUUUUAUUCUAGGAAGGUGAUGAUGUCUUUCAUUUUGUUUCUUAUCUUCCAUUCAAAGGAAAAGUGUACGAGUUAGAUGGUCUCUAAGAAGGACCAAUCUUGAUUGGUGAAUAUCAAGAUGAUUGGAUUGUCAGAGCUAAAGAAGCCAUCUUAAAAAGGAUCUAACAUUACUAAGAAAAAGAAACUGCUUUUACUUUGCUAGCUGUCAAUCAAUGCAGAAAAUUCAAAGUACAACUCAAUUAUUCAUUUAGGCAAACAAAAUUCUAUCAUCGUCUUAAAAUGAAAUACUAUUGACUCUCAAAACCUUAGAGUUCAUGGGUGUGGAAUUAUCUGAAGAAUAAAAACAAUAGUUAAUUGAACUAUCAAAUUAACAAGUAAAUUUGAAUACUAUGUAAGAAUAUUGAAUAAGAAUUACUCCAAGAAUCUAAAGAAGAAUUAUUAAAUAGAUUAAAUAAUGCCAAUAACAGAAUUUAAGAAGCUUAAAUUAUUCUGAGUGAAGAAACUGCCAAGUUUUAAAAAUAUAAAGUAGAUUUUUAUGUUAUCUCUUUUUUAGGAAGAAAAUUCCAGAAGGAAACAUAAUUAUAUUCCAUUCAUUUUGGAACUUUUUAAGAUGGCUUAAAGAAAAGGUCAACUUGAAGGAUNUAUCUUUUUCUUUAUUUUUAGUCUUUAAAAUGAUCUUUAAUGCUCAAUAAGAAGGUCUUAGAUUCUAUUAUUAGUUCAAUAAUUGAAGGUUCAGUUUAAUAGGCAGGAUUGA